AUGUAAGAUAAAAAAGAACAAAGCAGAUUUGAAAAUUUUCUAAUUCAAUUUAAAACUUUAGUGGAAUCAUUUUAAAUGACAACCCCAGAACCAGAGGAAUAUCCAAAACCAUAAAUCGCAAAGCAAAAAAAACAAAAAAAACAAAAAGAUCCAUUAGCACCAAAGAUGCCAAAAUCAGCCUUCAUCUUUUAUUUUUAGGAUAAGAGAGAGAAAUUUCAAUAACAAUAUCCAAAUCUACAAUUUCAAGAAAUCACCAAAUUAAUUGCAAGUGAAUGGAAAGAUUUACCAAAAGAAAUUUAGUAGUCAUAUCACGAUUAAGCCUUUAAAGACAGAAGUCGUUAUUCCUAAGAAAGCGAACUCUAUUGCACUUAAACAGGCAAAAAAUUCAAAGGCAAGAAUCAGACAAAAACUAAUAAAUCAAAUGCAAAACAAGAAUAACUCUAAUAAAAAGUAGAUUAAGAUGAUGAAAACGAUUCAUUUGGUGCAGAUAUAGGUUAAGAAUGA